AUGUUUUUAUCAAUCAUCAUGGAUUACUAUGGCCUUUUAGGUUGUGGAGUAGUAGUAGUACUUGGUUGGACUUUGAUCCAUGUCAUCCGUUUUUAUAACAAGAAGAAAAUACUACUUCCACCAGGACCAUUCUCCCUACCAUUUAUUGGAAAUCUCCAUAACUUAAUACUUGGUGGUGAUCAACCCCACACAUCCUUUUGGAGGCUGGCUCACAAGUAUGGGCCAAUAAUGACCCUUAAAUUGGGCCAAAAAACCACAAUAGUUAUAUCUUCAUCACUUGUGGCUAAAGAAGCCUUCAUAAAGCAAGAUUUAGCCUUAUCCAGCAAAAUCGACAAGGAUGCACUCCACGCCCAUGGCCACAAUCAAUUCUCUGUUAUUUUUCUUCCAGCCAGCAGUAGCCGCCGGAAAUACCUCCGGAAGCUACUGCAUUCAAGCAUCUUUAGCCCUAAUAGGCUUGAUGCGAGCCAGCAUUUGCGGGCCCGGAAGAUCGAAGAGUUUAUUGCGUAUUGUCGUCAGUGUAGCCAAUACGGUACCCCUGUAGACAUUGGUCAAGUUGCUUCGGAUACGUUGGUAAAUAUUUGGUCAAAUACAAUUUUCUCAGAGGAUUUAGUAGACAUUUAUGCUGAUCCAGUCAAAAAAUUCAAGCAUGUCAUACGUUACAUCACUUAUCUUAUUGGAAAACUCAACAUGGUGGAUUAUUUUCCUCUUCUUAAAGGGAUAGAUCCACAACGGAUAAACAAAAACAGUUUUACAACUUAUGAGAAAUUAUUACGGAUUUUCAGGGGUUUUAUUGACCAAAGGUUGGAGCAAAGAAACAUUAGUACUACUGUACGGAGCACCAAUGAUUUUCUUGAUGUUUUGUUAAAUAUAAGUGAAGAAGAAAAAAAAGGAGAUGUCAAUGCAAUAUUAAUGGACAGAAAUCAGAUCCAACACCUGUGUCUGGAUAUUUUUGUUUCAGGAAGUGAUUCAAGUUCGGCUGUGUUAGAAUGGGCAAUGCUAGAGCUGAUGAAGAACCCAGAAACAAUGAAAAGAGCUAAAGCUGAACUCGCACAAGUUGUUGGUGAUGAAAAUAAGACGAUAGAAGAAAAGGAUGUGGGACGUCUUCCUUAUUUGCAAUGCAUUGUGAAAGAGACCUUACGAAUACACCCCCCUUCUUCCCUUUUAACUCGCAAGGCAGAGCAAGAUGUUGAAUUGUGUGGCUACUUUGUCCCAAAGGGUUCACAAGUGUUAGUGAAUGUAUGGGCAAUUGGUCGAGACCCUGAUAUUUGGGAGGAUCCUUUAGCAUUUAAACCAGAAAGGUUUUGGGAUUCGAUCAAUUUGGAUUUUCAUGAUAAUAAUUUUGAGCUCAUUCCUUUUGGUGUUGGGCGGAGAAUGUGCGUUGGAUUACCUUUGGCAAUUAGGGCAAUUCCGGCAAUGUUGGGUUCAUUGUUGAAUUCAUUUGAUUGGACUCUUGAAGAAAACAUUGCACCAAAAGAUUUGGAAGAGAAAUUUGGGCUUAUACUAGCCAAAUCACGUCCUCUACGACUUGUCCCCAUUCCACUCUACUCUAGGAGGACGUAG